AUGUCAAACUUCGCAGAUAUCGCAAAGCAGUUCGUUGAGUUCUACUACAACCAGUUUGAUCAAGACAGGAAGCAGUUGGCUGCUCUCUAUCGUGACAACUCCAUGUUGACUUUCGAGUCGGCAUCUGUUGCUGGUGCUGCGGGCAUCGUGGAGAAGCUCGAUAGCCUCCCAUUCGAGAAAGUGAAGCACGCCGUCUCAACACUCGACGCACAACCUUCCGGAGAUCAUGGUGGAAUUUUGAUCCUCGUCACUGGGGCUCUCUUGGUGGACGAUGAGCAGAGACCGAUGAACUACAGCCAGGCUUUCCAACUUCUCCCAGAUGGCAAUGGAAGCUACUUCAUCUUCAACGACGUCUUCAAGUUGGUUUUCGGUUAA